GGUUGCCCCUGUUAACUUUGUCGUCAUUUUUGGUUCUGGUGGUCCCCGUGCUGGCGGCGGCGGCGGUGUCGAUGUGCAGCAAAAAAGGCACAAAAGAAUGUCCAGAUGAGGAGGUUCGGCGCUCUGGACACACUGUAGUUAGAUAAAUUUAAUAAUAAUUAGUCCCAUGGCCGUGCUCUUAUUCUGGUCAUCGCCCGUCGUUUGAUCGUCUCCAUCAGAAACCACCGCCGCCACUCCCUCAACCUCGAUGCGUCCGCCGUCUCGGUGAAUCACCGCUUCUUUUCGCAAAACCAUUCUCCGUCAUCCCCCAUCGGCCAACGAGAACCCUUCCCCCCUGCAGGCAACGAACAUAGUCAGGAAUCAACGGCCGGCUUGGCUCGCUGUAGAGCGCUGGAGCUUGCUUGUUUUGCUGUAAGUGGCUGCUCUUCCUCGCGACCUCUGCUUUUCCACCCAAUCACCUUGUGGCCAGCAGGAUCAGAAUCUCACCCUCCCCCUGUUGCCCGACAUUUGGGCUUGGCCUGGGACGAUUGGUGCAUUCUGGGACAGCUGGAGCAGAGCGAGCAGCGGGAGAGGAGAGACAUCACGCUGGAUCAUUGCCAUUGAGGCGGUAACAAGCCGGUCCGGAAGAGAAAGGCUACACAUCACGGCCCGGGUUGGUCUUGCACGACCCGAGCUGCCCAUCCAACCCACCACCUCGCCGUCCCCGUCCGCCGUCCUGCUGGUGCGGCUACUUGUCCUCCUCGUCCUGUUGCCGACUCCUCCCAACAACCCUCUCUCCUGCUCUGCUGUCAAUUGCCAUUUAGACCCGGCUGCUCCCUCUUCGUUUCAUCUCGUUUCGCCUCUAAACAACUUAAGUGGAGGAAGUUUCAGUCUCUAGGCGAAGAGCUAGCUCCAGCGAGCUGAUCGUACCCGUUAUACACCUGCUAACUGAUCUACUGCCUGCGAUCUUCAGACAUCCAAAACCACGCAGCUCGAUCACAGAGGAAGAUCGCUCGUGUGCUCUCUGUCUCCUGGCCUCAUCGCUGAAAAUACACCUCCAUCCCGCUGCCCUCUGCUACCGGGCCGUCGAAUACGGGCUGUGGAAGGACGCACGUGUGAUUAUGAGCUGACGAGAGCUCAACUUUCCACAGAGAGAGAUAGCUACAGCGAGGGAGAGCGUUGAGAGAACGAAAGAACGAAAGAGAGCGCAGCACUGUAGCUGCUUUGAGGCCUGACACUUGUUCCCGCCUCCGCGUUCGCUAUUCUCGCGUGCCAGCCCCCUUGUUUGGGCUUCUUUAGUGCUCGUUACAUUUGGCGCCACGUAUUAACCGCUUAGCUCCUUAGCCCUAAGCGCUUCACUGACAUCACCGCCCGCGCCCGUCAAGAUAAACAGCCCAGCAGGUGCCCGCUGCGCAACCCUUUUCUCUCAAUUGACUUUCAACUCCAAGAGAAUAAUAAUAAACGAGCACAACAGGACAGCCCUCUGAUCCCCGGCAUCACACACUGCAAUCCUGACAUGCUACAUCUAUUUGAAUCACACCAACAACCAGUCGCUGGUUCCAAGAUGGAGUCCUCACAGCUUACGUCCGGGUCGAGCUCUGUCCUUGAAUCUCCAUUGUCCACUCUUUCGUCCACGCCCGGUUCACCCGUCGCAUCUCUCUUCUCCGCGAGAACGCACACAAGAUUCCCUAGCUCUGUAUCGUCGGUCGCUUCUUCGCCAAUUAUUGGAUGCCCUGGAGAUACGUUGCCCCCAACCAAACUGGAGGGAGUCCAGGAAGAGCCUGUGGAACCGGACUAUGGUAUCGUGGACGCGGACAAUUACUUUCCGGAUUUUAACGAUAUCCAUGCCGAUGAUCAAGUUUACAACAAUGGACGCGGUUGCGCCGAACAUGGCUAUGACCUAUCUGACGAACUUGCGGACCUGACCCGAUCGCCAAAGAAGCUAAGACCAGACAGCAGUUCCUUUCGUGGGAUUUCACGCAUCAGUAGCCGCAUCUCAUCAAUCUCUUCGAGGUGGAAACAGAGACAGGUUUCGGAUACUGCGGCUGCGCUGGAAAAAUAUGACGAAUCGCUGAGGUCGCGAGCCAACUCUGCCACCUCUGCCCUUGCAAAUCCCUUGGCCAGUUCGUUCUCUGCAAGACACAGCCAAAUCUCGAAUUCGCCCGCGAGAACUAUCCUUGAAGAGAGUCUGAGUGAAGCUGGUAUCUCGCUCAUUGACAUUGAAAAGGCCAACCGCGAAGGUGUUAAACGCGAGCCGCAAGUAACCACUCCUCUCCUACCGCCUGUGAUGAUGGAUCUGCCCACUCCGGAGAAUGAGGAACUGGUUCAGUCACCCUUACAAUCGCCAACUGUCGCUGAAGCUACACAUGUUAUCCUUCCAGACUCACCCAUUGAGGUACCACAUUCGAAUGGGUUAUUAUCUCCGCCUUUGUCUACGCAACCCUCCCUAGCUUCCAUUGGUCUACAGAUUCCGUUCCCACGGAUGCACGGUCCGGAAAUUCCUCCUAUCACGAUGCUAAACGCGGAAGAUGAAUGGUCCUGUAAGCUUGGCCACGCGAAUUUCACGAUACAUCCAAAGCCUUACAUACCCGAACUCUGCACUUUAGACGCGUUCGAAGUACAUCGGGCGAAUUGGAGUCUUGCACGCUGUAAUUACGCAAAACAUCUCGUUCGGACCGGCGAGCACUACGGGGUAACGUCCAAUAUCUACCGCUUUACGGAGGAAAAAUGGGAGUUCAUCGACAGCCAGUGGAGAGCCAACCACAAUAUCGUGCUUGCCAAUCUCACCGAUUGCAAUGGCAAUCCGCUCUCUCUCAGCAAAUCAAACGCUCAUCCUGGAGAAUCUGUCAAAAUGCCUCCUUAUCUUGACAAGACCAAAUUCCCAGACCUUGGGGAUGAGGAUAUUGUUGGACCCAUGUCAGUUGCUCCCGCGCAACCGCAACCACCAGCUCAGGCCAAGUCGCUACGCAAAAGAUCCUUCUUCAGAUUUUUACAGGAUCUAUUUUCUUCCCGCGAUUCAACGUGAGAAAAAGGAUCGCACAUUUCCCAUUCCGCUGCGUUCGACAUCCUCUGUACAAGAUAUACCUUAAUUGUAAUUUACGGCCCUUCUAUUUCGACCUGGAGUCAUGACUUCUUGUUUGAUGAUGCCAAUCACGAUCUACGUUCCUUUUAUGAUACCCGAUGAUGAAAUGACACUCGUUUUCUAUACUCUGUUCAUCAUGGAUUUCUUUUUUCCAGUCCCCAUGUCACUCCUUUAUCCCCUGUUAAUUUCUAUUACUAAUUUCGGAGGUGGUUUUGGUUUUCCUUCUAUCCUGCGGCUUAUUCUAUAGAACUUGCUUGGGCCUUUUGUCCGUGCUGCCCGGUCGACCUUGCUGCUUGAGCCAGACUCUACUUCCCGCAUUUUCACUUUGAAUGGUUGACACCCGAGGAUACGAUAUCCAAUGCAUUUUUUUAAUGACCUAUGGUUCUCUUCCCGUCGAAAAGUUUGAGCUCCAUUCCUCUUUGUUUCCCUCUUCCCUCCAAUAUGAUCCUUUCAUAGCGCACCCGAUGGGCGGCUUAUAUGCGUCCAAUCCUCCUUGGCUCCGAAUAUGUAUGACGUAUACGCGCAUACACGGGGGUUAUAGCAGGUAUCGUGUCGGAUUGCUUUUUCAAAAAAAAAAAAAAUAUUUCCUCCUGAUUUUUACUGUCUCCAUGCCAUGAUCUGUAUACAGGCUGGCAUUUGUCUUGAGGGAGUGUGCGCAGUGGGUUUCGCAAUAAAAGGAAGAAGACGUCUCUAAAGAAAAUUUAAGCGUAUCACAGCUUUGUUGGCAUGGUUUAGUUGACUUACAUCUACUGGAAAAUAGAGUAGUUGCCACAGCGGCUAUCAUAGAAGUUA